UUAAUAACAUGGCGGCCUUCUAGGAACAAUAUGGCAUCCUCGAACGCUCGUUACAGGAGAGUAUUUUUGCGUGAUUUGCUUCUGAAUUUAAGAUCAUCAUGAGUGCGAACUACAUAAGAAGAAUGGCUCUAUUGAGAGCCAGGAUUUUUGGGGAUUUGACUCGUCAAGUAACUCCAAAAUCCUACAGAAUUGUGGAGCACUUUUCCCAGAGACCCUUGGCAGAUAAGCUUACUACUUAUUACCCCCCUUUAAAGAAGUUUCAAAGUCUGCUUUUCAAACUCAGACAUUAUGGAUUUUAUACCGAUCUUCAUCUGAAUUUCCAAGAAGAGAUGGCUGCAAAGCGGAAGGCAAGAGGAAAAGGUCCUCCUAAAAAAGGUGAAGGAAAAAGGGCAAAAAAGAAGAAAUAAAGGAACAUCUGAAAUUCUUGUCCAAAUGCUGUAUGCUAUACUGUCAUUGUUAUGACAUCAUUUGGGACACGACAUGUGUGAAAUAGCAUUACUUGCCUGGAAAUAUCAAUAAUGUCAUGAGGUCAUGUGAAGGAGGCUAAACUAAACUGGUUUUUUCUUUGCUCUUUGAAAAAGCUGUGUUCUAAUAAGAGAAUAAAAACUUGAUACAUUAGAGUAAUGUA